AGCUGUAGCCUGCCAGCGAACGACCUGCUGGGUAAACAACAGUGGAUGUCUCGCAAGGCAGGAAUGGGAACUUCGCACAGGGCAAAUAGUGAGGCUUUUCUGUCUUGUUAGACGGGGGCAGAACAUAUAGCUCUUCUUCAACCUUCUGAAGGUUGAUGGGAUGCCGCAGCGAACCAACAUGGCUGAAUUUAAUCGAGUAUUUAAGAAGUAAAGUGGCGCUAGCCUUAGCUUAGCCGGCCGCUACGGAGGGCCCGCUGCCUUCGAUUUUGUCUCUCGGCUCAGCUCGGGACUGUUGUCAGUUUCACAAUCCCAGCUACAGUCUCCCUCCGGUCGCGAUCUCACCCUAGGCCUGUCCGGUUGCAGCUCGGGUUACCGUUCAUUUAAGUGUUCAUUUUACACGCCUGGCUCCUAUUUUCCUCAGGAUUUAACAUCUCAUGUUACGAAAAGGACAGUGACACGUUUUAAAAUAAGGACUUAGACCCAGGUUUUCUGAAAUGUUGCGGACAAAAGCCCAAUAAUUGUUGUGAGUGUGCCUGGAGACAGAGCUGCCACCAUGAAGAGUGAAGUGCCAUCUGAGGCAUCUAACAGACAGGAGCAUCUGAAGGAGCCACUGGGGAACCCAGAGUCCAUGGCAGGGGCUAAGAACUUCCCUAACAACAUGGAGGUUAUUGGAAAGGCAGCCAAUGAUUUUGAACCCCUUUGUGAAUCCAGGCAUCGGCCCCUGAGGGACACGGGGACACACAGAGACUCGGAGAGGAGCCUGCCUGGGCGGAGAAAAAGAAAAGCGCAACAGGCUGGGCCUUCGGACUGCUCGCUGAAAGAGGACCAUAUCAGUGAGAACUCCUUGCCACCUCAGCGGGCCAGAGUAGAACUUUUACAGCAUCCCAGUGAGGAUGAACGUAACAAUGAGUCCUCUUUUAGUGACUGUGCCUCCUCCCCUUCAUCCAGCCUCCGAUUUGGUGACUCGGACACCCUCAGUUCAGAUGACGAGGGGGAAGCCGGAGCGACAGGGGGCCAACACAAGGCUCCUGCCCUACCAACCGGAGGAGGGGCUGCAGUUGGCCUACGCCCCAAUCUGGGCCGAACUCGGGGUAGUCGCUCUCACAAGUGGGUUCGACCUGAACCUGAGCCGGUGCUGUUGAAACGGCCGUGCCUGAGCAGCCGGCGGCCUCCGCAUCGGAAGCGCUUUGUGAAAACGGCUCCUGGGGGAGGUCAGCGGACUCAAAAGCAAAAGGAGCGACUGCUGCUGAAGAGGAAGAAACGGGAAGUGAUUGCAUGUAGGAAAUAUGCACUGCUCCACAGCACUAGUAGUUCCAGCGGAGAGCUUAGCAGUGGCUCGUCCUCUGCUUCGUCGACGGAAGCAGAAGAUGAGCUGUAUGUGGAUGUCAGCAGCACCAGCAGCCAGCCGAACAGUGCUCCUGUAGCCGCAGGGGCUCUGGACGAAGACGUGGUGGUGAUCGAGGCAUCUCCAGCUCCAGCACCUGUUCCUCAAAAUGAGGAGAUCAACGUCACUUCAACAGACAGUGAGGUGGAGAUCGUCACAGUUGGUGAUGGAUUUAGGUCACGUUCGGUUGGGGGUCUUAGUAGGAUUUGGGGCAGUAGUUGUGCCCAGAACCGUCUCCAGGAGCCGCGCGGACGGCACCGGCUCUCAACAGUCAUCCAGCCGCUGCGGCAGAAUCCUGGGGAGGUGGUGGAUCUCACUGUCGAUGAGGAUGAUCUCUCAGUUGUGCCAACCACCUCUGGCAGCAUUCACACUCAGACAGUAAGGUCGUCAUCUUCAUCAUCAUCCUCCCUUCACGCCUCUACCUCUGAGCUCAAUGACGCCCCAGGCCCUUCCACCAGCUGCGCAGGUUCGGUAUCUGAAAGUGUGCGCACACAGAGGGCAAGUGGUUCUGCUCACACAGAGGAUGACAACAGACCAGGUUUGUCUGGUACAGGAGGAGAAAACUCAGGCACAGCCAUGCCCAGACUCCCAUCCUGCUGUCAGCAGCACUCUCCGUGCAGCGGUCCCUCUCCUGGCCACAUGUCCCUCAGCCAUUCUCAUUCUAGCUGCUUGCAAGCGUCGCCCUCUCAGCAGACCGCCAGCUCUCAGCACAGCCACAGCAACACUCACCAUUUUGUCCACCAUAUCCAUCACCCAGCACCACAGCCCCCGGGAACCCUACCAUUUCAAGAGCCGAGCUGCCCUGUGGAACGCCCCAGUGCUCUGCCUGCCCCCUGUGCUGGAGUCAGCAACAGCAGUAGCAGCAGCAAUGCAGCCCACUACCAUGACCAGCAGACCCUGCCAGUGGACCUGAGCAACAGCAGCGUUCGAGGCAGUGGUACCGGCAGUACUAGUUUCCAUGGCAGCACUUCAGCCUUUGACCCAUGCUGCCCAGGCUCCUCCUCGCGGCCCCCUGCUUAUGUUUCACACGCCACCCCUGGGCCCAGUCAGCCAGCUGUGGUGGACUCAUUUAGCUCCACCAUGGUGGCUCAGCCACAAACACAGCCCCAGCCCUGUAGACAUUAUAUGCACCCACCUUAUGGCUCUCUAACACGAUCACUGCAUCAUCAGCCCCCCUCCGCCUGCCCUCACUCCCACGGAAACCCCCAACUCACACCUCAGGCUCCUCCGCAAGGCGAAUUUCUCAUUCCUCACUCCUUUCAUACUCCACUGCCACCCCACCCUUCAGGUCACUCUGUUCCCCCUGGACCUCCCCCUCCCCUUUCUGCCCACCACCUCCCCACCUCAAGCGUUCCCCUGGCCCCGCACCUUCCACCGGACCACCAGACCUUGCAGCACCAUAUGCCGCCUCUGGGGCCUUCGGUGCAAAGGAUCCAUCAGCACGAGAUGCUGCAGAGGAUGGAGGUUCAGAGGAGGAGGAUGAUGCAGCACCCCACGCGCGCACAUGAGCGUCCACCUCCACACCCCCACAGGAUGCACCCCAACUAUGGCCAUGGACACCACAUCCACGUGCCACAGACUAUGUCUUCCCAUCCUCGCCAGCCUGAGCAGAGAACCACUUGGGAGCUUGGCAUCGAGGCUGGUGUACCCGUGGCUUCGUACGCUUCAGGGCACCUGCACUCUCACCUGCCCCACUACCACCCUCCCCCAAGACUGCACCACUUCCCCAUCUCCUUAAUGCACACUACUGGCAUUUCUGAAGUGACCUAUCCGCACAUUAGGUACAUCUCAUCUAGAGUGACUGGCUUUGGAAGAACCUACGAGGACCUGCUGCAUUUAGAGGAAAGGCUGGGGACCGUGAACAGAGGAGCCUCUCAGGGAACCAUAGAGAGGUGCACCUACCCACACAAGUACAAGAAGAGAAAGCUGCACGGCAAGCAAGAGGAAGAUGAAGGGGCAGAUGAAGACACAGAAGAGAAGUGCACCAUCUGCCUGUCGAUACUGGAGGAGGGGGAGGAUGUCAGGCGCCUGCCGUGCAUGCACCUCUUCCAUCAGCUGUGUGUGGAUCAGUGGCUCCUCACCAAUAAGAAGUGCCCCAUCUGCAGAGUGGACAUUGAGGCGCAGCUGUCUGCCGAGAGUUGAUGCUGUUUUCCCAACAACACUUUUGUUUGUUCAGAAUUUAUUUUCAGAUCAUAUUAACUUUCUCUCUUCAGUACUGCAGUCAACCAAAGAUGGCAUGAAUUACCUGAGCAGCUCUACUACGAGGAAAAAAAUAAAUAAACAAAACAAAAAGCAUCGCGCCUAGAGUGCCAGCUCUCACAUAGUAGAACCAACAACUAGAUUUCUCCAUUAUGGAUUUAAGAUUUUAUUGUAUUUAUGAAGCUUUUAUGUAGCUUUUGAUUGUUUCCUCAAGUGUCAUUUCCAUUUUGUUUCUCUGCAUGUUUCCUUGCAAUGCAUUUCUUUGCACAUUUAACGUGGGCUCACACAGCCCACAGAGUUGCAGGUGAGGGGAGCUGCUCUAGUAAAGAUGCAUUUCUGUAAACCUAAUGCCUUGCUUUACUAGAAUAGAAUGUCAACCUUCACUUUAAAAACAUUGCAGGAUUCAUUUUACCAGUCAUUGUAUUGAUUAGUUUAUGUUUAGCAGAUGUGGAUUGUUAGUGAAAGAUGUUUUUCUUAUUUUUUUUAAAGUAAAUCAAGACAUUCCUAACUAAGGAACUAUGUUAACAGAACAGCUGCUGUAUUAGUGUACACCCAGUAUUUCUAGAGUGGAAAUCGACUCCAUGGUUCACCUUACUCCCAGAAUAUGCACAUGCUUUGCUACGAUUACACCACCCUCCAGCACCUUCAUUCGACGACAGCACCGUUAUCACCAUCCCGUGUAUUUUAGGGAGCAAGAAAAAGAAUGUCACACCCCUCUCUUGACUGUUGUUUUCAAACUGAGCGAUUGUCGGGAACUGCUGUGAAUCUAUUUUUUUUUUUUUUCCAGUCGGGGUUAUUCCCACAGACAGACGUGCGAAGCCUAACUUUUUGUUGUGUGAGAUGAUCUCAGGCCUACGUGUGUUGGAGAGAGUUGAAAACUGGUGAUCAUGCUGUUAAAUUGAUACUGGCAGUGGCGUUGAUUUUUAUCAUCUCCUGUGUGUUUGAGUGAGAGUGUGUGUAAGUGUGUGUGUGAUCAGAGGAGAAAAACACAACUCAAGUUGAGAUUCACUGUUUGUUCUCACACUUCAAACUGAUUUAGCCACCAUCCCUUUCUGCCUCUCUGUAGUUGAGCAGCACCAUCCAUCUUGGAUGCUGCAGAAAGAAGAAAAAAAAACACUAAAACUGUUGACUAACUCACUCGCAUUGACUUGCACAAGAGAGAAAAUGGUAGAUUAGUUGUGAAUAUGAUGCUGAGGCCAUGUGUUUCCACUCUGAUGAUUAUGAAAAAAAAAAGGAAAAAUAUUUUAAACCGAGUGUUGAAAUGCAGUACUUAAAGGAGGUAUCCAUGCAUUCAUUGACUUCAAGGCACCAGGAUCAUAUGUGGGAUUUAUAUUAGUUUUGAAAAAUAAUAUUAAUAAACUUGGAUAACUCUUGUUGAGUCCUUUGAUUGAUGUCCUUGUUAAGAUUUGUGUUUGAAUGAAUGUCAGAGAUUUUGUUGGAGAUGUUUUCAAUUAAGUGAUGAAUUUCUUUUUAAGGGUCAGAAAUCGGUCUUUGUUUCACCCUUUUUUUUUUCUUCCCCAAUACAAUGAGUGUAAUGCUUCCCAUUUUCAUGCAUAUUUAUUAAAAUACAUAUAUCUUAA